UUUGUAACUGCAACUGACUUCUUCUGAAAAAGAAUUAUUUUGGUGUUUUGGUCAAGCGUCCAGUGCAGUAUUAAAGUACCGAAAAAUACUAUAAGUACUUAUAAAAACUGCUGUGCAGCCCGCGAUUAUGUUUCCACAGUUGGAUUUAGUAACCUGUCCUGAAAUCCCUUUAAAGGAUAAAGUUACUUACUUUGCCAGUGUAAAUCUUUUUCAUGGCGCCAACAUUGACGAAAAGCAACUUAAAGUUGUAAAAGCAAAGAUAAAUGAAUUACUUGAUUCCCCACUAUCAAGAUGUGAUGGCCUUCUUCUAUUUGAAGCUGUUCUUCAGCAGCACACUCCUUUUUACUAUGAAAAUUGGCAGAGAAUUAUUAUUGCUAAUUUAAACCAUGCUAGCAAUUUGUGUCAAGAAGUUACUUACAGGAUUCUUAAACUAAUUAUGAAGAAGCCAUCAGGCGCUCCUUACAUACACAAUGUUGAAACUCAAGUAGUACCCAUUAUUCAACUAUUAAUAUCAAAUAAUUUGACUAGUUUGGCAGCUGUUGAUUGCUUAUGUCAGUGUAUGAAAUUAUAUCCUGAUGUUAUGUCUAGAUUCAAGAACGAACUUGAGUCAUUUCUUAUUAAGCAAAUGGACACAAAUUCUGCACAAUUUAGUGAGGCUGUUGCUGAUUGUAUGACUGUUUUACCACAAUGCUUGGUUGAAUCAAAUAAUAGUAAAAAAGUUCGCAAAUCAGUUGCUAGCAUAUUUCAAAAAGUGUUAUGUACUUUGCAAGAUAUUCUCGAUAGCCUUCUCAAUGUUGAUGACGAUAAGGAUAAUUUCAUGGAUGAAGACUCUUGUGAGAAACCUGAAAUAUUUAAACUUCCUGAAAUGCCUGACACAGAGUUUAGUGUAGUUAUGAUGUUGGCUAGAAUUUUUUCUUCUUUGUCAAUCUGUGCUGCUAAAUUUUUAUGUCAAGAAAACACUAUGUUUGAAGUUCCUGUAUUAUGGAUUUUAAAACUUAUUGAUAGAGUGUUUACUUUGACAGACUCUGCUCAGAUGUGUGAUUCAAUUGAACGCAGAGAAUUAAUCAUACUGGCAUAUCCCAUUGUCCAAAAAGGAGCAUUCACAAUCUUAGAAUCUUUAGUACAGAACUUUGGAUUGGUUCAACAUACUGGAAGUUUUAUUUCUCUUCUAAAGAGUUCUAUUAAAGCCUCAUAUAUAGCUACUUUUACUGGUGGAACUAAUUGCCAAAUGCGUAACACAACCUGGAGAAUUUUGAAUAUUUGGUUAAAAAGGAAUGGAACUCAGAUUUCUGUUGAGGCUGGAAACAAUAAAGAUCUGUUGCGAGAACUUUUAAUGGAUAUCACUCCAGAAAAUAUUGAUGAGACUCCAUCAGUGACUAAUAAAAGACAUCAAACAUCAGCUAAGAAAAAAAAUCAACCUCCAGCCUUUCCGGAACCAGAUCAAAAUUGUGGCUUCAAAAGGAAUCAAAUCAGUACUUGUAAUGAAGCUCUGAAAGUGUUACAUGAAUUCGUCAGUUCAGCAAGUUCUUUUCUGGAAGAAAAAUUUAAAGCAGAUAUAGCUAACCAGAUCUUUGCUGUAUGUCAUAAAAUACAAAUGUCUGGUCAUCCAAAAAGAAGGCUUCCUUUUCCAUACAUGAACGAUAAGUGUCGUAAAAAUUUGUAUAAGAUUGUUGUAUCGUUAGGCUCUUCAUCCGAUUUUAAUAUCAAAGUACUACAGCAAGCAUUUGCUAUUUUGAAAAUAGCUGAAAAAGACAAAUGUUGCAAAAUAAAUUUGCUAAGCCAACGAGCUAAGGGUAUAGCUAGGCAUUUGCUGCAGCCCAAAAAGAAAUUCCCUGAAGCAGUUACAAACAGAAAAAAUAUUUUCGAAUCUCCUAUGGAAGAGGAUGCUGGCAGUGGAUGGGAGAAUGUGGUUGUUUGGAAUAAUCAUGCUAAUCCAGAAAAUAAGGGUGCAGACUCUCAAAUUGAUAUUGCUGAAAAUAAUGCAAGCCUUUCCCCGGAAACUCAUAAUAGUGUUGAGGAAGAAGAAAUUCAAAGCAAAUUUGUCCCUGAAAGAGAAUACAGUAGUACUUCAUCUCUGAAUUCUAGUCGAUCCGAUUCAGAAAAUGAAAGCAUUAUGGAACAAGUAACAGUUGAUGAAAAUAAUCAUGAAUCCAAUGGUACUCCUAUGGAAUCCCCUAUGGAAGAGGAUAUUGGCAGUGGGUGGGAGAAUGAGGUUGUUUAUAAUACGAAUCACGCUAAUCAAGAAAAUAAUGUUGCUGACUCUCAAAUUGAUAUUGCUGAAAAUAAUGCAAGCCUUUCACCAGAAACUCAUAAUAGCGUUGAAGAUGAAGAAAUUCAAAACAAAUUUGUCCCUGAAGGAGAAUACAGUAGUCCUUCUAAAUUUGAUACAUCCCUGAACUCUAGUCGAUCUGAUUCAGAAAAUGAAAGUAUUAUGGAACAUGUAACUGUUGAUGAAAAUAAUCAAGAAUCCAAUGGUACAAUAAUCAAGAAUGCAGUGGUAGAAGUCACAGAAAGUGAAAAUUUAAAUGACGCCACAAAAACAGAUGACUUAAACUUAGUGGAAAAAGAAAUAAACCAGAAUUCAUGUCACCAAGCAGGGGAAUCUAGGCCAAUUACACCCACAUUUGAUGAAAUGUGUGCUGAUCUAGUUUUAAGUGAAUCAUCUCAACUGGCUGAUAGUUGAGAUUUCUUAUGUUUGUAUAAAUUCAUCCUUGUAUAUUGUCAAUUAAACAUAUGUAAAUUUUCGACCGAUAUUCUAGGACAUUUUUUUUCUUUUAACUAAUUAUCAACUUUUACUAUGAUGUAUUCUUUAUUGCAAUAAAAUAGAGUACAUUUUUAA